GGGGGGCGGGGGCCGAGGGCGGGAAGGGGCCGGCCCGGCGCGGGGGGCGGGCCCAGGCGUGGUGGCGGUGGCGGGGGCCUUGGCGCGGGGGGCGGGGCGGCAGGGCCCGGGACACCCCCUCCUGGUCCCCUGGCGGGGCGGCUUCGGCUCCAGGCGGCACUGGAGGCAGCUGCGGUUGGAAGGCGACGAGCCGGGCUCGCCCGCCGUGGUGGACCGGGACGCUUCCCCUCGGGGAUCCUGGGCCAACUGGGUCCCGCAAAAGCCGGGGGGACCCUGGGCGGGCGGCGGGGGCCGCGGCACCAUGAGGCGGCUGUGGGGCGCGCUGCUGCUCGGCGCCCUGCUCUGCGCACACGGUUUAUCCAGCAGCCCCGAGUGCGCCUGUGGUCGGAGCCACUUCACGUGUGCAGUGAGUGCCUUGGGCGAGUGUACCUGCAUCCCUGCCCAGUGGCAGUGUGACGGAGACAACGACUGCGGGGACCACAGUGAUGAAGAUGGGUGUAUGUUGCCCACCUGCUCCCCCCUCGAUUUCCACUGCGACAACGGCAAGUGUAUCCGCCGGUCCUGGGUGUGUGACGGGGACAACGACUGUGAGGAUGACUCAGAUGAGCAGGAUUGUCCCCCCCGAGAGUGUGAGGAGGACGAGUUCCCCUGCCAGAACGGCUACUGCAUCCGGAGCCUAUGGCACUGUGACGGUGACAACGACUGUGGUGACAACAGCGAUGAACAAUGCGACAUGCGCAAGUGCUCAGACAAGGAGUUCCGCUGCAGUGACGGGAGCUGUAUUGCUGAGCACUGGUAUUGCGAUGGUGACACGGACUGCAAAGAUGGCUCUGAUGAGGAGAACUGCCCCUCGGCAGUGCCAGCUCCCCCCUGCAACCUGGAGGAGUUCCAGUGUGCCUAUGGCCGCUGCAUCCUGGACAUCUACCACUGCGAUGGGGAUGAUGACUGUGGGGACUGGUCGGAUGAGUCUGACUGCUCCUCUCACCAGCCCUGCCGCUCCGGGGAGUUCAUGUGCGACAGUGGCCUGUGCAUCAAUGCUGGCUGGCGCUGUGAUGGUGACGCGGACUGUGAUGACCAGUCGGAUGAGCGCAACUGCACCUCUUCCAUGUGUGCGGCUGAGCAGUUUCGCUGUCGGUCAGGCCGCUGUGUCCGUCUGUCCUGGCGCUGUGAUGGGGAGGAUGACUGUGCCGACAAUAGCGAUGAAGAGAACUGUGAGAACACAGGAAGCCCCCAGUGUGCCUCGGACCAAUUCCUAUGUUGGAACGGCCGCUGCAUCGGACAGAGGAAGCUGUGCAAUGGAGUCAAUGACUGCGGCGAUAGCAGCGAUGAGAGCCCCCAGCAGAAUUGCCGACCCCGGACGGGUGAGGAGAACUGCAAUGUGGACAAUGGCAGCUGUGCCCAGAAGUGCCAGAUGGUGAGGGGGGUGGUGCAGUGCACCUGCCACACGGGCUACCGGCUCAUGGAAGAUGGGCGCACGUGCCAAGAUGUGAAUGAAUGUGCCGAGGAGGGCUACUGCAGCCAGGGCUGCACCAACAGCGAGGGGGCCUUCCAGUGCUGGUGUGAAGCAGGCUAUGAACUGAGGCCCGACCGGCGCAGCUGCAAGGCUCUGGGGCCAGAGCCGGUGCUCCUGUUCGCCAAUCGCAUCGACAUCCGCCAGGUGCUGCCGCACCGCUCCGAGUACACGCUGCUGCUCAACAACCUGGAGAACGCCAUCGCGCUCGACUUCCAUCACCGCCGCGAGCUGGUCUUCUGGUCUGACGUCACCCUGGACCGCAUUCUCCGGGCCAACCUCAACGGCAGCAGCGUGGAGGAGGUGGUGUCCACAGGGCUGGAGAGCCCAGGAGGCCUGGCUGUGGAUUGGGUUCACGACAAGCUCUAUUGGACCGACUCAGGGACGUCAAGGAUUGAGGUGGCCAACCUGGACGGGGCCCACCGGAAGGUGUUGCUGUGGCAGAACCUCGAGAAACCCCGGGCCAUUGCCUUGCACCCCAUGGAGGGUACCAUUUACUGGACAGACUGGGGCAACACCCCCCGCAUUGAGGCCUCUAGCAUGGAUGGCUCUGGCCGCCGCAUCAUCGCAGACACCCACCUCUUCUGGCCCAACGGCCUCACCAUUGACUAUGCCGGCCGCCGGAUGUACUGGGUGGAUGCUAAGCACCACGUCAUAGAGCGGGCCAACCUGGACGGGAGUCACCGCAAAGCUGUCAUUAGCCAGGGCCUCCCGCACCCCUUUGCUAUCACGGUGUUUGAAGACAGCCUGUACUGGACAGAUUGGCACACCAAGAGCAUCAACAGUGCCAACAAGUUUACAGGCAAGAACCAGGAGAUCAUUCGCAACAAACUCCACUUUCCCAUGGACAUCCACACCUUGCACCCCCAGCGCCAGCCUGCAGGGAAAAACCGCUGUGGGGACAACAAUGGGGGCUGCACCCACCUGUGCCUGCCCAGUGGCCAGAACUAUACCUGUGCCUGCCCCACCGGCUUCCGCAAGAUCAGCAGCCAUGCCUGUGCCCAAAGUCUUGACAAGUUCCUGCUUUUUGCCCGAAGGAUGGACAUCCGUCGGAUCAGCUUUGACACCGAGGACCUGUCCGACGAUGUCAUCCCACUGGCUGACGUGCGCAGUGCGGUGGCCCUGGACUGGGACUCUCGGGAUGACCACGUGUACUGGACCGACGUCAGCACUGACACCAUCAGCAGGGCCAAGUGGGAUGGAACAGGACAGGAGGUGGUAGUGGACACCAGUUUGGAGAGUCCUGCAGGCCUGGCCAUUGACUGGGUCACCAACAAGCUGUACUGGACUGAUGCAGGGACAGAUCGGAUUGAGGUGGCCAAUACUGAUGGCAGCAUGAGAACAGUUCUGAUCUGGGAGAACCUUGACCGUCCCCGGGACAUUGUGGUGGAGCCCAUGGGCGGGUACAUGUACUGGACUGACUGGGGGGCCAGCCCUAAGAUCGAACGAGCUGGCAUGGACGCCUCAGGUCGCCAGGUCAUCAUCUCUUCCAACCUGACUUGGCCGAAUGGAUUAGCCAUUGACUACGGGUCGCAGCGGCUGUACUGGGCAGACGCCGGCAUGAAGACCAUUGAGUUUGCUGGCCUGGAUGGCAGCAAGAGGAGGGUGCUGAUUGGGAGCCAGCUCCCCCACCCCUUUGGGUUGACCCUCUACGGCGAGCGCAUCUACUGGACUGACUGGCAGACGAAGAGCAUACAGAGCGCAGACCGGCAGACGGGACUGGACCGGGAGACCCUGCAGGAGAACCUGGAGAAUCUCAUGGACAUCCACGUCUUCCAUCGCCGGAGGCCCCCAGUGUCCACACCUUGUGCCCUGGGGAAUGGUGGCUGCAGCCAUCUGUGUCUUCGGUCCCCAACUCCAAGUGGCUUCAGCUGUACCUGCCCCACGGGCAUCAACCUGAUGCCUGAUGGCAAGACAUGUUCACCAGGCAUGAAUAGUUUCCUCAUCUUCGCCAGGAGGAUAGACAUCCGCAUGGUCUCCUUGGACAUCCCCUAUUUUGCCGAUGUAGUGGUGCCGGUCAACGUGACCAUGAAGAACACCAUUGCCAUUGGCGUGGAUCCCCAGGAAGGAAAGGUGUACUGGUCGGACAGCACACUGCACAGGAUCAGCCGGGCCAGUCUGGAUGGCACACAGCAUGAGGACAUCAUCACCACAGGGCUACAGACUACAGAUGGGCUCGCAGUCGAUGCCAUCGGCCGGAAAGUGUACUGGACGGACACCGGGACUAACCGGAUUGAAGUGGGCAACUUGGACGGGUCCAUGCGGAAAGUGCUGGUGUGGCAGAACCUCGACAGCCCCCGAGCCAUCAUGCUGUACCAUGAGAUGGGGUUCAUGUACUGGACCGACUGGGGGGAGAACGCCAAGUUGGAGCGAGCCGGAAUGGAUGGCUCUGAGCGGACGGUACUCAUCAGCAACAAUCUGGGCUGGCCCAACGGGCUGACCGUGGACAAGGCCAAUUCUCAGCUGCUCUGGGCUGAUGCCCACACCGAGCGCAUUGAGGCCGCAGACCUGAAUGGUGCCAAUCGGCACACGCUGGUGUCGCCUGUGCAGCACCCCUACGGCCUCACGCUGCUCGGCUCCUACAUCUACUGGACUGACUGGCAGACCCGCAGCAUCCACCGUGCAGACAAGGGGACUGGCAGCAAUGUCAUCCUGGUGAGGUCCAACCUGCCAGGCCUCAUGGACAUCCAGGCUGUGGACCGCACACAGCCACUGGGUUUUAACAAGUGUGGCCCCAGGAAUGGUGGCUGCUCCCACCUCUGCUUGCCUCGGCCAUCUGGCUUCUCCUGCGCCUGCCCCACAGGCAUCCAGCUGAAAGGGGACGGCAAGACCUGUGACCCCUCCCCCGAGACCUACCUGCUCUUCUCCAGCCGCGGCUCCAUCCGACGCAUCUCGCUGGACACCAGUGACCACACCGAUGUGCACAUCCCCAUCCCUGAGCUCAACAAUGUCAUCUCCCUGGACUACGACAGUGUGGAGGGGAAGGUCUACUACACAGAUGUGUUCCUGGACGUCAUCAGACGAGCAGAUCUGAAUGGCAGCAAUAUGGAGACGGUGAUCGGGCGUGGGCUGAAGACCACCGACGGGCUGGCUGUGGACUGGGUGGCCAGGAAUCUCUAUUGGACAGAUACGGGCCGGAAUACCAUUGAGGCCUCAAGAUUGGAUGGCUCUUGCCGCAAAGUGCUAAUCAAUAACAGCCUGGAUGAGCCUCGGGCCAUCGCAGUGUUUCCCAGGAAGGGGUACCUUUUCUGGACAGACUGGGGCCACAUUGCCAAGAUCGAACGAGCGAACUUGGACGGCUCUGAGCGGAAGGUCCUCAUCAACACAGACCUGGGUUGGCCCAACGGCCUCACCCUGGACUACGAUACCCGCAGGAUCUACUGGGUAGACGCCCAUCUGGACCGAAUUGAGAGCGCUGACCUCAAUGGGAAGCUCCGUCAGAUCUUGGUCAGCCACGUGUCCCACCCCUUUGCUCUCACUCAGCAGGACAGGUGGAUCUACUGGACAGACUGGCAGACCAAAUCAAUCCAGCGCGUUGACAAAUACUCAGGCCGGAACAAGGAGACGGUGUUGGCAAAUGUGGAAGGGCUCAUGGAUAUCAUUGUGGUGUCCCUUCAGCGCCAGACAGGGACCAAUGCCUGUGGUGUCAACAACGGUGGCUGUACCCAUCUCUGCUUUGCCAGAGCCUCAGACUUUGUGUGUGCCUGUCCGGAUGAGCCUGAUGGCCGGCCCUGCUCCCUUGUACCUGGCAUGGUGCCCCCAGCUCCCAGAGCCACAAGCCUGAGUGACAGGAGCCCUGUGCUACCCAACACACUACCCACCACCCUGCACUCCUCUACCACCCGAACCCGCACGGCUCUGGUAGAAGAAAGAUGCUCUGAGAAGGAUGUCCAGCUGGGCCUUUGCUCACGCCCCAAUGAGGCCAUACCUGCUGCCCCAGGGGAAGGACUUCAUGUCAGCUAUAUCAUCGGUGGAUUCCUCAGUAUUCUGCUCAUCUUGGUGGUGAUUGCAGCCCUGAUGCUGUACAGGCACAAAAAAUCUAAGUUGACUGAUCCUGGAAUGGGGAACCUGACCUACAGCAAUCCUUCCUACCGAACAUCCACUCAGGAAGUGAAAAUUGAAGCAGUUCCCAAACCAGCCAUGUACAAUCAAUUGUGCUAUAAGAAAGAGAGUGGGCCAGACCAUAACUACACCAAGGAGAAGAUCAAGAUCGUGGAAGGGAUCUGCCUCCUGUCUGGGGACGAUGCUGAGUGGGACGACCUCAAGCAGCUGCGCAGCUCCCGGGGUGGCCUCCUUCGCGAUCACGUGUGCAUGAAGACAGACACAGUGUCCAUCCAGGCCAGCUCGGGCUCCCUGGACGACACAGAGACGGAGCAGCUGCUGCAGGAAGAGCAGUCUGAAUGCAGCAGCGUCCACACUGCUGCCACUCCAGAAAGACGGGGGUCCUUGCCAGACACAGGCUGGAAACAUGAACGCAAGCUCUCCUCUGAGAGCCAGGUGUAAAGGCCUGGGUGCCCCUCCCCCCCGUCUGUUCCUUCUCUUUCAUGGACUUCCAGUCCUGUGCUCGCUUCUACAACAAGCCCCUUUCCUGUGUGCUGGUCCUGCUCCUCCUCCUCCCACUCCAUAACUGCUCCCCAGUCCUCCACAGGAGCUGGUUCCACCUGAGUCCAUCACUACCCAUGCCCGAGAAAUGAGGGUGCAUCCAACGAUUUAGACCUGGGUUUCCUCCUGCACUCUGCCCUGAGCCUCCUCCCUGAAAUUAGGCUCAAUAACAACCCCUUAUUAGUGCAGAGCUCCACCUCCCUGCCCCGUGGGACCCUCGGUGCCUGGCUCCACAACAGCUAAUGACUCAAGACUGUGUCUCCUGCAUCAGAACUGGCCUGGUCGCCGGAGUUGGGGCAGGGUUCAGGGGUAAAGAAAAAGAGAUGAAGGAUAGAGGCUGAGAGGAUGAGGAAUCAGCCCAGCUGGUAUGGGCUUCUGGGAAACCUCCUGCCUUGAGUAUGUUGGGAAUAUGGGAGAGCUAAUUUAGGGAUAGAUGGGCCCAAGUGUGUCCUAUCCAUUGCUGGCGAUGGAUAUUGUUCUCCCCCUUCGAGUCACUGUUUUCUUAAGCUGAAGAAACUGGUGCGAUUCAGGAGUGUGAUUUAAGCUAGUCUUCAUCUUGCUAGACUAUCUGGAGCUGUAUCCACCCUCUGAUAGCCAGGGUGCCUUCUCACAGAUGAAUAUAAACUCCUUCCCUGUGCCGCCACUGGCCAAUCCCUUUGCUAAAAUGACUUGAGUGAAUAUUAAGUCUUAAGAGUUGAGUCUAAGAAGCUCUGCCUAGGCCACACAGAGUGUGUCAAAGGUUCUGCCACUCUUCCUCCUCAUUCUCUGGGAUCUCAAGCACAGAGAUCCUGAAGGAGCCAUUCAAAGAAGGACCGGAGGUUUUCAUAAAUAGUCAGGAUGAGCAGCUAAGACUUGGGUUACCCAGGGCCUACAGGGAAGUAGCUGUGAGGUUGAACCUCCUGUGUUCUCAGGUUCUCAGGGACCUAAGUUAGUGGACAGAGAGCCUGCCAGCCAUAGGUGAUGAAGUCUUAUUCCAUCUCUCUUCCCAGCUAAGUGAUUUACUUUCCACACAGAUGCUACACAAAGAGUAUGUGUUUCAUGCUAGAAUCAAAGAAGCUGAGACUUUUUUUUUUCCUCCUAAAACUACCUAAUGCUUCUUCACUUUUUCUGGUUUGUUUUUUGGUGUGUUGAAUUGAGUCUUUCUGACCUAGCCCUGAGGCACCUCGGGUGAAGAGAACCAAAUCAAGAUACAAAGAGGUAGGAGAAGAAAGUUAGAGAACACUCAUUGACUAAGCCUUCCCGGCUCAGAAUAGUCCAGACCUCAUCCACCCAGGAACUAAAAGCUGCAGGGGAGUACAGUAAGGCUGGGAAUGGAGGGGAGGGCCUCUAGGGGGCAUUUCCUGAUUGGAAUCACCUGUAGUCGUAGACUUGCAAAAUCAGCUGCCAGGCUUGUGGAUGGAAAUAGAGGAUGAGAGGAACUAUUUCUGGUCCUUUCUAAGACUACUGGAGAGAGAAGCUAGGCAUGGCCCCAGUAGUCAACCCCAGGUCUGGGCCUACACAGCACCAAGAAGGUUUUCCGGACACAAAGUGGGAAAGUUGAGGUGUACUUCUGGGGUGAAAGGGGACAUUUCCCAUUGGAUGGAGCAGUAAAAGGAGCACUUUGGGUCCUCGGAUUCAUGAUUGGAGAAGGGACGGAAGUAGGAAAGUGGCAUUUUCUCAUUGGAAGGGGGGAAGGAUCUUCUUGCACUUGGGCUGUUCAGAAUGUAGAAAGGACAUAUUUGAAGAAAUAUCUAUUUGAGCACUGAUUUACUAUGUAAAAAACAAACUCUCUGUUUCCUAAACUAAUGGAAGUGAUUCUCCCGCGCUCAUGUGUAAUGGUUUUAACGUUACUCACUGGAGAGAUUGGACUUUCUGGAGUUAUUUAACCACUAUGUUCAGUAUUUUAGGACUUUAUGAUAAUUUAAUAUAAAUUUAGCUUUUCUUAAUCA